AUGUUUGAACAAGCGUUGUUACGUCGUAUUCUUGAUGGAAUAACUGAAGUCGUUUGCGCUCUACAGCAACUAGAACGGCCAACAGAAAAUUGGGAUGAUUGGUUAAUUCUGCAUGUCACUGAAAAAUUGGACCCUGCCACCAUAAGAGAAUGGAAAAGCUCACUUCAAAGCCCGAAUUCCAUUCCCACUUACUUGCAGCUGGAAAAGUUUUUGAAAAACCGUCUUCAAGGACUUGAUGCAAUGGCAGCUUGCUCUGGGUCAAGAGUACAAGUACCUGAUACUUCAGCCUCAUUCUCUCGAGCAAAUCCAAAGACACCUAAUCAAAAACAAACUCCAUUUCAACCAGUCCGCAGCCAUCAAGCAAAUUCCAACCAAUGCCCAAAAUGUUCUGCAAAGCAUGUGCUAAUGUUCUGUCCUGAUUUCAGGAACCAAACGCCAACACAAAGGCUGACAUUCGUGAUGAAAGAAAGGUUGUGUAAAAAUUGUUUAAAAGCUGAUCACGUGCAACAACAAUGUACAUCAGAGUUUACCUGUUUAAGAUGUCAUCAAAAACAUCACACAAUGUUACACGAUAGCAUUCAGUCUCAAAAACCCAACAUCAGCACAAACCAUAUGCAAACAAACAACACCUGUUCUGGCGCGAAGAAUCAUUGGUAA